GCAUAAUUGCUUUAUCUUUAAAGAUUAUUGAAAGCUUAACUAAGCUAUCGAAAAGUUUCAAUGAUCAGAAUUGUAUUACGAGGUUUGAAUAGUUCAAUCAGAGUUCAUGGAACUCCAGGUUAUUGCUCGAAGGCUCCUGGGAAUUGCCCACAUCGAAAUUCUUCAAAACCUUACAUAAGUCUGUUAAAUACUUACCAUUAUUCAUCAUGCUCACUAACCCCCCUUGCCCCGUGUUGUACACCAUGUGAUCUUAAUCCACCGAGGGAAAACUCUUUUAAUCCUCGUUUACGGCCUCUGCCACACAGUGAUUCACCUGGUGACCCUUCUCAACCGGCGCCUUUUAUUCCUUUUCUACCUCCUCCGAUUUGCGGUAAUUGUAAUAAUUCUUUUAUGCCUAGUCCAUCGCCACUUAUUUGUGAUCCCUAUAAUCCUCCUAAUCUCCCUUUACCUCCACCACCGGUUUUCGGUCCUAGUAGUCCCUCUUGUAUUGCUUGCCCAUCGCCACCGUCUUGUCGUUCUUUUUGCAAGCAAUCUUGUUGUGACCAUUACUGCAAUAACAAUUCAUGUUGUCAAUCAUGUUUCCCCGGUUGUCCAUGUGGGCCAGCCUGUGCAAAUAAUUUAACUUCUGGACCAUACUCGAGUUUCUCUCCACCUUAUUUUGCCCCACCAUUUUCUCCUCCUCCAAUAUGUCCACCAGUAGUUGAUGAAAUUGCACCUGAUAAAACAUUUGGUAGCACUUUACCAUGUCCAUCGAUAGUUGAAAGUUUUACUACAAGUUCACCCUCGCCCUCGCUCUCGUCAUCUCCGCUGCCUCCAAGCACUCUAUAUUUCACGCCUCCAACAAAAACACCCGGUCCAAGUCUGCCACCAGAGUAUUUUUGUUGCGACGAGUAUCCAUGUUCGCCUUGCUUCCCAAUUAGCCCGCAGUGCACUACGCCUUGUACCACACCACUUGAAGUUCCUAAUAAAUGCGCACAAUGUGGUUAUUUUCAACCUUGCCAGCCGAACAAAGAACGGAGAACUACUCCACCAAGAGCAACGCUGCCACCAUUCCCUUCUACUAGAAAUGUCCAAAAACCCGCAGAAUCGUACUGUGUUCCUCGGUCCACCCGCAGUGAAUCUAAGGUUCCUUCAUCAGAUAUAACGCCUUUUAGCAGACAUGCGGUUCUAAUUUCGGAUUGCAAAAUCUUUCUGUAUAAGUCUAACAAGUGUGAGCCGUUGAAAUGUGAAGCCGAUUCUAUCAUAAUAUUUAAACGAACGAGGCAGGGAGUUCCAGUAGAACAUGAAAUAGAAACUAUUACAAGUGAAAAUUGUAAACCGAAGACGUUAAGGGACUUCACAGACCCCUUUUAUAGUCCCAUAGAAGAUAUCUUACUGGCACCAGUACAUUGUGAUGGGUCUUCACUCGUCAGGGAUUUAGAUACACAACAAAAAUAUUAUGAUAUACGCGCAGCAACACCAGUUCCCUCUAACAGGUGUCCUAGAGGGAGAAAGUAUGCUUGUUUGGAUUGGCCUAGGAGGAGCUUCAGUUCUCAAAAUAUCAUGUGGAAAUAAGAAGUAUUGAGAGAAAUUUUGUCAUGUGCUGUUGACAUUCCCAUAACAAUAUGUUCUUGUUCUUUGAUGUCAUUGUACGUG